AUGCAAGAAUUUGUCGAAUUAAUUUAGGCAGCAUUUUUCGCAAAAGAAAAUAAUUAACGUAGUUAAGCAGAGUAGUAGCUUGUGAAUUUGAAGCAUUAAUUACCAAAUGAGUUUUUUUAGAAGUGCAGCAAUGCAUUUAUAUCUCCUUAAUUGGAUUCUCAGACCAGAGUAGCAGCAGGAACAUUACUAUAGAGAUGUAUAACUUAUGAGUAAGGAUGGUUAACAAUUGGAUUGGAUGUGAAGAGAAAAAUCAAAGAUGAGUUGCUUUCUCAACUAAUUUCUAGUGAUUAAAAUAUAAAAAAGUCAGCUGCAAGCUGCUUAUCAGGAAUAUGUGCAAUAGAAUUACCAAGAUAGGAGUGGCCUGAAAUCAUCAGCAUUUUAGUAUAGAAUACUAGACAUGAUUCAAUAGAAGUAAAAAAAGCGGCAACUAUAACUCUUGGUUAUAUUUGUGAGGCCUUGAAAAACCAGAAGUAAUCGAUAGAGAAGACUGAGAGCGAAAAAGUGCUGUAUGGAAUAUGCAUGGGAUUGCAAGGAGAGAAGGAAAUCAAGUUGAUAUCAAUCAGAGCUUUGAAGGACAGCUUGUAAUUUAUGGAUCAAGUAUUGGCACAAUAAUAGGUCAGAGAUCAUGUGACUAAGUUGUUGGUUGAAUAGUUGAUAUCUCAAGAUGCUGAAAUAAGAUUAGCAGCAUUAGAAUGCUUGAUUGACUACACCAAAGCAAUAUUCGAUUAUUUAGAAUAAUAUAUUUUGGUUUUAUGGAAUUGCACUCAAGAGAGCAUUCAACAUUAGGAUUUCGCAGUUGUUACUAUGGAAAUAUGGUAGAGUGUUGCAUCUGAAAUAAAUGAGAGAUCAGCUGUAAGUAAUAGGACUAAUUUGGGAUUCAGGAAAACCUAAAAGGAAGCAUUGCAAAUAAUAUCAUAAUAAUUGAUCGUGGCAGUUCUUAAGAACUUGCUUGUCUCUGAUGAGGAUGAGGAGGAUGAUGAAGAGUAAGGAAUUUAAGAGGCAGCAUAUAAGGCAGCAUCUUCAAUCAGUGAGGCUUUGGGAAGUCUAAGUUAUCAACUGUACUUGAGAUUUAUUGAGAAUACACUUCAAGCACAAGAAUGGCAGAAUAGAAAGGCUUCGUUAUUAACAUUUUCUUCAAUGGUUGAGACAGCUGAUGUUUCAGAAUUAUUCUAAUAUUCUACUUCUGCAAUUGGUGAAUUUAUCAAGAAAUUGGCUGAUCCUCACAAAUAGGUGAGAUAUGCUGCUGGUAGAGUGAUCACAAGAAUUGCUGAAAAUUACCCAUAAGUUAUUUUGAAGCAUCAAUAUGCUGAUGAUUACAUUAAUUAAUUUUCAUAAUUUUUGUAAGGAAAUAAUAAAUUGACAAAAUAUUUGUUAUGGACUCUUGUUAACCUCACAGAAGCAUUCAGAGAUGACCCCGUAAAUUAAUUUGGCAAAUACUAUGAAUUUCUCAUUUCCUAAUUUGCAACAGUGAUUGGGAGAUAAGAUUUUUCGGAUGGAACUCUAUUAGACAUAGCUUGGGUAGGCAUCAUAAAUUGUUUACAAUGUGUAAAAGAGCCUUAAAAGAUCAAGACAUAUUUAGAAGCUUUUGGUCAAUAAAUGCUUACUGUCUAUUCAUAAAUGAGAUGGUAAAAGGAAGCCAAUAUUUCUGGAUUACUAUCAGCAAUUCACAUUUGUUUCUUAAGAUUAGUAGUGUUGGGUGAUCAAUGUGAUAUCCAAUUGAUGAAUAACUUUUACCAACUUAUAGUUGACUACUUUAAAAAGAUCUAAACUGUCACUUAAGAUGGUUUCUAUGCCAUCAGUGCUAUUGCUCAAUAUAGCAAGAUUAAUUUUAAAUAACUUUUAGAUGAUUUUAUGCAAAAUUACUUGGAAAUUGGUUUGUAAAAGAAAUUAGAGAUUGAGACAUUCAAAGGAGCCAUUUUGUGUUUGGCUGACAUUGCUAGAUCCCUUCAAUUUAAAGAGUUCAGCAAAUACUUACGCAUUCUAGAGUAUCUAAUUGCUUGUGUUAAUGACUAAUAAGUGAACAGAGUGGCCAAGAUUGCUUUGUUCGUUUGCAUAGCUGACAUAGUUCUGAUAGCAGAACAAGAGGCUGAACCCUACUUUUAGGCUAUUUGGCAAUUAGUAAAGAGUGGAUUCAGUGCUUCGAUCUACUUCACGUAGAAUAAGGACAUGACACAAUUGGAAUAUUAUGAAAAUCUUAAUGAUGCACUCUUGAAUUGUUAUUUAUGCAUGUUACAUGCAUUCAACUUGAAUAAAGUACCCUACAUACCACUCUAUCAAACCAUACAAGAAUUGUGCAUGUUCAUUUAAGCUACAUCUGACAAGUCAUUGACACCCACAGUGGAAUACAUUCGUCUUUGUGUGACUUGUCUACUGGAUUGUGUGUCCUAUUAUAAGCAAGUAAAGGGAUAAGAGAAUAUGUCCUAAAAAAUACUCACCAGUCCUCUUCUCAUCAGCCUAUUGGAUAUGUUAAAACAAUAUUCAAACUAAUAAGAAAAUCAAUAAUUAAUUAUGUAUGCUAAUGAUUUGUGCAAAUCAUUCCAAUUGCCUUAAUAUUUGAAUUGAGAUCAUCAUUAUAUAUUAUUAUCUUUAAUUGAGAUGUGUUGUAUUC